GCCUAACGCCGUCCAUUUUUGAACCAAAAAAGGCGCGUCCUUCUUGUUUAGGCUCUUUCCUGUUCUUCUUAGCGCGGUUUUGCGCUAACUGUAAACGAACAAAGCAGAAUGGACAAGAGCAACGGAAGCCAGGGAAACAGAAGCUACAUGGACCAGAACUCGCUGGGCAUCCUCAACAUGGACAACCUUAAGGUUUUUGGCGAUUUGUCCAGCUUUAGUAAGAGUGACAGGCGCAGCACGGCCACGCGGGACUCUUCCAGUAUACACGAGCGCCUCCGGGAGGAGCGACUGCGUGCCCUGGAAACACUUGAGAAGCCACGACCUUUGCGUCCCAGCCAAGCAAGAAGCACUGGCACCGUUCCCCCAAGACGCUCUUCCACAAACAUCUCGGAGCUGGUUACUGACGAGACCAUCGACCUGAACAGCAGCGGAUCUUUUGCCCUUGCCACGCCCGCACCUAAGGGCACUAACAUCUCCUUUGAGCCCGCCGAGAUCACCGGAAGAUCUACACUCUGCAAGGGGGACAAACAUCGCCGUCGUGAGAAGCCAUCGCUGUCCGUUGCCGAGAUUCUCAAGUCCUCGUUUGUGGAGAAGGCUCGACAGCUCGAGAAGAAGCUGCAGGAUGUCAGCCAGCUGGAGGCCAGUUACCAUUUAUCGAGGGCGAACUCCAGCAGCCUCACGGACUCGUUUAGCUGCUCUCGCAGUUUACCGCGCACCGCGGACAUGAGUGACCUCAGCCUCAAUGGCGGCGGGGGUAUUUCUUUUGGAUCUGCCUCGCUUGCGGCCGCUGGCCAGGACGAGAGCUUCGCCCCAGCCGAAUUGAUGCAGUCCAAAUUGGUGCUUGGCGAAAUCUCAUGGGCGCAGGAGUUCACAGCCAUGCCGACGGCCACAUUGAGCAAUCAGGCAAUGCAGAAGAUCGCCGCCCCGCCGCCCACAUCUGCAAUAGAAACCUCUGUGUCCAACUCCGUCUUGGUCAAUGAUCCGGACUUCUCGCUGGGAAACUAUUUCCAAACGCGCUCGGAGAACAUCUGGAACAUAGUAACUGACGGCAGUCCGGAUCGCGUGCGUCCCACUCAAGCUCUGAUCGAAGCGGAAGGCAACAAGACGCUGGACUCCGUGGGCGAAAAGACUCCGCAGCCAGACAACAAGACCUACACCAAGUCGGAUGCCAAUGUCGGCUCAAAUCUGGGACGCAACCUUAUGCAAAAGAUGCAGAAAGAUCGGAUUCAGACGGUGUUGAAGGCCAGCAACAAACAUGGGAACCAAGAACCCAAGCGGUCGCCUUCAAAAUCCGAGAUCUUGAGUCUUUCGGCCAUUGACAAAGCGCUGAGGGACAUUGAUUUGAAUUCGGACACGUCCACGGUUGAGGUGGUCAAUCACUUGUGGGAGCAUGGCCGCGGAAACACCUACGGUGAUGAGGAGAACAAGGAAAACCGGAACAGCAGCUCCCAAGCGGAGCGUACUCUAUGCGGCUCGAACAAACUCACGGACACGAUGAGUUUCACCGAUUCUGUUCUGAACUCCACGGACUUUCGUCACCUACAGCAGAGCAUCUCGCGCAAACCGCUCAGUCCGCUGGCGGACCAGCCACAGAUCACCAUCAGCCGGGCGGACACCGAUCCCGUGGAGACGGAAGGCGAGGCAGACAUCGACGAGUGGCCGUCGACGCCGGUAAAAGAACCCAAUCGCCGGGUGAGACGCACUAAGAUCUCCCCAAGAGCCGCUAGUCCGGCGAGCAGCGAAGGUGUACGUCCACUUACCAGCACCGAGGACGAAAACGAGGACGAGGACAAGACGCCGGUGAACCAGAAGAAGAGGGUAUCUAUAUCCACAAUGGGCCUGAUGCCCCGCAACCCCUCCUCCUUGAGCAGCACACGAUUGGAUGGCUGCGAUGUGGCAGUGGCCUCUUCCACUGAGCGCAGUUUUGGCAUUUCCCCGAAUCUGGCCAAGAACCUAUCGCCCAUGUCUUCGCCGAGGAGCUGUGUCUCAUCGCCGCUGCUGGACAGCACCACCAAUUCCGAGCGCCGGCAGCUGAUGAACGGAGUGGCACGCAAGGCCAACUCCUCGCAGGCGGGCAGUGAGGCGAGCUCCACCAGUGGAUUUACAACGAGCGUAAGACGUGGACCGGGCUCGAGCUCCUCCACUGCGCCUCGCAGCAUGUCGCGCUGUUCCAAUUCCAGCGAGUUCAGUCACCGCGAUGGCAAGCUGCUCCCCUUGAAGGUGACCCACACCAGCCUCUGCUGGGGCAGCACAAAGCUGCGAACAGAUGUGCGCAAGUCCAUGCAGGUGAAGAACACGGCUGACAAGCGACUUGUCAUCCGGCUGGGCAUCCAGGGACCCGGUUUCCAGCUCGUCGGCGGCGACAGCAACACCAUUACUCUGCAGGCCAUGGAGUGUCGUUCGGUGGUGAUUAACUUCUGCCCCACAGUGUGUGGAGCGGCUAUCGGAUCCUUGUCCUUCUAUGCACCGGCAGGAGCCCACAACAGCACUCAGCCAGGCCUGGAGAUUCCGCUGUACGGCUAUGGCGGCAGUGCAUCCAUCACCAUACAGGGUCUGCUGAAAGGACCGGUGGGCGCUAGUUUCCUCACCAUUGGCGACGUAUGUGAGCUAUCCGCCGGUCCUCUUUCGGCGAGCCUCAGGUUCCACAACAAGGGACCCCUAACCGCCUUUGUGGGCAUUUCAGUGGACUCCACGGUGCUGAUGAAACUGCGCCUGAGCGAGGCGUUCGAGGUGCGUCCCAGCCGGAUGAUCCUGCCACCGAAUAGCGAGGGCAGCGUCCAGAUCCUCUUUCGUCCGAACCGCGAAGACUUGAAAAACAUUCUCAAGAAAACCGCCCAGGUGUUGACGCUGGCCAACAUGCGGAUUUUCUGCGGAGAUGAGCCGAACAGACAGCGCAUGCGCAGCCUCGUUCAGCGCAUGAGCAGUCGUCAGAGGGAGAAGCUCACUUCGCCGAUGCUGGACAGCAUCUGGGGCGAGUUUCCGGAUGAGCAGCCGGUGCGCAAUAUCGGACAGCUCAACGAACCGCCCGAGUUCAUCCUGGACUUGGUCACCGUGGUGCGGAUAAUCGAUGUGGCGCUAACGCUAAAUCGGGAUUUUGAUGAAUCCUCCGAAAGUUCGCUGAUGUUUUUGCCGGAGGCCGAGGAAACGGUGCUAUUCCGAACGAUAUGUGUGGCCAGUUCACCAACGCCAACGCAGAGCAAUAUGCUGGAGCCAGUGGAUGAGCUCUUGGAGGCGGACACCACCACCUUAAUGCCCGUCGAGCAGAAUUGGUCUGUGGAACCCGCUUCGCUGGAGUUCGGAUCCAGCUGCGGAUCCCUGGCCACUUUGGCCGUGACGAACUGCUUCCGUUCUAGGCAGCUCAUCGAAGUGAGCUGCAGUGUUCCGGAUCUGGUGAGGAUCAGUCCCACCGAGUGCUAUGCGGGACCGGACGGAGGUCAGGCCGAGAUCGAUGUGCGUCUCCUGCGCUCGCCCAGACGUGAUUUGCUCGAGAAGGAGCCGGUCAUCGUGGUUUCUAUGGAAAACGAGCGCAUCAAUGUGCCACUCAGUUUUAAGUUUUAAAUCCUUUUUGUGCCUGCUAAUUGUGUUUUCGAUCGAAAUGUUUGUACUACCAGAAUUGUUUGAGGAAAAAUUUGCUUUGUACUUCCGUGAAAUAUUGAAAUGAAACCGUUUAUAGAAGAUUGGCACAAAUGUCCUAAGAAUAAUAGAGAAUAAUAGGCACAUCAGUUAACUGUGUAGUUUAUGCUUCUUUUUUCUUUAUAAGUUAAUUGUGCUCAAAUAAAAAGUAACGCUUUAUUAUUUCUCCUGA